AAUUUUUUAGUGAAAAAAAAAGUCUUGUGAGACAUAUGAGAGUACAUACAGGAGAGAAACCAUAUCAAUGUUCAGAGUGUCUGAAAUGUUUUAUUGAAAAAAACAGACUUGUGACACAUAUGAGAGUACAUACAGGAGAGAAACCAUAUCAAUGUUCAGAAUGUCUGAAAUGUUUUAGUGAAAAAAGAAGUCUUGUGACACACAUGAGAGUACAUACAGGAGAGAAACCAUAUCAAUGUUCAGAGUGUCUGAAAUGUUUUAUUGAAAAAAACAGACUUGUGACACAUAUGAGAGUACAUACAGGAGAGAAACCAUAUCAAUGUUCAGAAUGUCUGAAAUGUUUUAGUGAAAAAAGAAGUCUUGUAACACACAUGAGAGUACAUACAGGAGAGAAACCAUAUCAAUGUUCAGAGUGUCUGAAAUGUUUUGGUCACAAAAGCAGUCUUGUGGAACAUGUGAGAGUACAUACAGGAGAGAAACCAUAUCAGUGUUCAGAGUGUCUGAAAUGUUUUAGCCAAAAAAGCAAACUUGUGACACACAUGAGAGUACAUACAGGAGAGAAACCAUAUCAAUGUUCAGAGUGUCCGAAAUAUUUUAGUCAAAAAAGCAGUCUUGUGACACAUAUGAGAGUACAUACAGGAGAGAAAACAUAUAAAUGUUCAUAGUGUCUGAAAUGUUUUAUUGAAAAAAGCAGUCUUGUGGCACAUAUGAGAGUACAUAUGGGAAAUAAACCAUAUCAAUGUGCUGUCUGAAAUGUUUUAGUGAAAAGGCAAUCUUGUGAGACAUAUGCGAGUACAUACAGGAGAUAAACUAUAUCAAUGUGCUAAGGGUCUCAUAUGUUUUAGUGUACAAGGUCAUCUUGUGAGGCAUUCACAAGCACAUUCGGGAGAUAAAACGUGUUAAUGUUAAUGUUUCAGGAAUAUUUUAGCUAUAAACUCAUGAGAAUAUAUAAAAGGGAUAUACCAUAACAGUGUUGAGAGUGCCUUUUCGAAAUCAUUUGGCAUCAGGAUAAAAUCAGAUAGGUUCAAGUUUAUGAAAUUCUGUCUUAAAAAAAAAUUCAUUUUGGUCUUCAACUCUGUCAUACUGGGACUUGAGUAGUUCACUCAUUUCCUUACUGUCAUCUGUGUAGCACCCAUCUCGUUUAAGUAGGUGCUCAAUACUGGAUUUUGUUCUUGACAUCGAUUUGGCAUAAAAGAAAUAUUUUGGGUUUCUUUCAGUUUCAUUUAUGGCUUUUAGUUCUUCCCACAUAUCUUGACUCCUGUAAGACUCCUUUAGAUUAAAUUCAAUGUUUACUAUUUCUCUGACCAGUGUCUCUAUAUGUAUUACAGAUAUGUUGGCCUCUUUUAGCCACUCUGUUAUUCUUUGCCUUUACCUGCAUAGGGAGUGCCUUUCUGUUUCUAGUUUACAUAUCCUUUUCCUUAAAGGAAAUAUAAAAUGUAAUAAUUGAGAAGAACAAAUGUAAAUAUUAUGCUAAGAAUAUAAAUUAUAGUGUUCUUGCAGA